UGAGAGGACGUGGGGCAGCACUGACUCCCAGACCAUUCUCCCUGCUUUCCAGCAAUGACAGUGUAUUAGGUUAGUGCAUGUAGCUUUACAUGUGGAGACCUUAAUAGGGUUCAUGCCCUCCUUCAAAUUAUACAUAAUGAACUCUGCUGCACUCUCAAUAUUUGUUGUGUAAUUUUCAGUAUCCUAGUACAAGCUUUUCCAAUGAUGUGAAGCUUUAGUUUGUUUGCUAAGUGCUGUUAUUCUCAUUCCUGGCUAUGGAUAUAAAAGGUAAAAAGAAGAGACAAUGAAAGCCUUUUUAAAAAGUUCAGAUGGUGUUUUUAUGCUGAGAUCAAAAGUAACUACUAUAGGAAGACAUGAAGAUUCAGAUCUCAUUCUGAAGUCUGUAGGUAUUGAAGAUCACCAUGCAGUCAUUGAAUUCAGCGAUUCAGAAAACAGCUUUGUUCUUCAAGAUUUCAACUCGCUUCAUGGCACUUUUGUUAAUGAUUGCCAUAUACAGAAUGCAGCAGUGAAAGUGGGUGCAGGGGAUAUUCUGCGCUUUGGUUCAGGAGGAACAUCCUAUGAGCUAGUGAUAGAAAACACUUCUCAGACGUCUUGCACACCAAUGAAACGUCACACAGCGUGGCCUGGGCAGCUCCAGUUAAUUUCAGAGGCAAAACUUUAUACCCCUUCAACAACUCCUCCUCAGCUUCCUUUCCUCCAGUCUCAGCACCCAUCCAGUGUUCACAACAGUUGGAUGCAUGGAACAAAUGGAACUACACCCCAUCCACCAAACAGAAGAAGACCUGUGAGUGCUUGGGGGAGAAGUAUGACUUCUUCUUUCUCUCCAGAUACUUUCAGUAGGCCUACUGCAGUCAGACAAGGAAAUGGACAAUCUGGAGCAAGUGGAGUUCCAUUAUCAGGAAGUCAUCAUAUGGAUUUACUUCUUCAGGAAAAGGAUGAAAUAAUUCUGAAAAUGAAAGAUGAAAUCAGUCAUCUCUUGCGUUUUGAAAGUGAGUCAAAACAUAAAGAUACAGUGAUAGCCAAUCUUCAGGAUGAAAUUGCAGUGAUGACAAAGAAGAUGGCUCAGGCUGCUAGGAAUGAUGUCGAAUUUACUCAAAAACUACUGACCUUUGAGCGAGAUAUUGAAGCAAAGACGGAAGAGAUUAAAGCCUUGAAAGAGCAGAUCAGCAAUCUGCAGAGAGAUUCGAGCCAAGUCUUAUGCCAUUCCCUCUCUGAAAGAGACCUAGAAAUUGCAAACUUGAAAAAAGAGGGUGAGAAGUUAAGGAGAAACCAAGCUCUAAGUACAGGACUGGUGACCAGUUUACAGAGAGAUAUUUCAGCAAAGGAGCAGAGAAUACUGCAACUAAAACUGAAUGCAGAUAAACUAAAGAAGGAAAACAGGGAGAAGGAUAAUCAGCUUGCAGUCAUUUCUGCCAAGUGUUCUAGAAUUAAAGAGGAAAUGAAGCAUGAAUUCAGAGAGAGAGAAGUAAUUACAUACCAAAAUCGCAUUGGAGAGCUGGAGCUGCAAGUGAAGGGGCUGCAGGAGAAAUGCGAAGACUGCGAAAGGAAAUUAGUCGGCUUGCAGAAAAAUAAGGCUGAAGAGGAACUGAAAAAAGAAUGUGAAAGGAAAUAUCUGCAGUUACAAGAGAUGGGGCGCAGAGAAGGCCUCAUUAAAGCUGACUUGGAACAGGCAAAAGCUCAGCUGGAGUGUUUCAAAAGGCAAAUGAUUGAAAUCUUCUAUUCACAAGAAGCAGAAAUUCCAGAGACUGUAACAGAUCAACAGUUAAUGGAAAAGAUAAGACAGAUCACUGAUGAAAAUCUGCAGAUACAUGAAGAGAAGUUAUUACAGGAGGAAAUAAUUUCCAAGGACUCUGAAGAGAAGGAAGUAUCUGAAACUGUUGAGGUGUUGAAGAAAUCAUUGGAUGAAUUACAGGCUUUCUUAAAGACCUCCUAUUGUAGCAGUAGCUUGAAAAGAGAGAUUUGUAACCUUCAAGAUCUGUGCAUUGACCCCUCUGUCUUGUGGAUCCACACAUUGGUAGUUGAAAUUCUAAGAAGUUUACUCUCAUGGGUAGAAGCAGUGGAGCAGCUCCUUCAGGAUGUGGGCAUUGACAUGUCUUGCUCUGACAAAGGAAUGGCCUCAUACAUGAAGAGUCUGCUGGAGAAUAAUCAUGAAACUGUGGGCAGAAUUGAAACAUUGCAGGCCCAAUUAGAGAAAUUACAGGAAUCCCAGAAUUCUCUGCUACACGAAAAGCUGAAUGAACUACAAGUGGAACAUGAGAAAGAAUUACAGGACAAGAUAAAACUAGUACUUUUAGAAAAAGAGAAAGAAAAUAGAAAGAUUCUGGACAGUGCUGUUGCCCAGGAAAAAGAAAAAUUAAAGUUAUCUAUGGAGGAAGAAAAGAAAAAGGUCCAACAUUUGGAAGAUCAAUGGAGACAUUUGACUGAGAUAAUUGAACUUAAAAUGAAAGAAGAAGAAAUUGUAAAUGCCAAACUGAGAGAAGCAGUGGACAGCUUAGAAGAGGCUAGAAAGAGAGAGGCCAUGUUGCAAGAGCACCUGUUGAUGCAAGACAGACAUCUAACACUCAUUCAGGAUGAGAAUGAGUUACUGAAGCAGAAAAUUCAGAAAGAGAUAAUGGAAUAUAAAGAACAAAUCAAGCAACAUUCAGAGACAAUUGUGGCUUUAGAAGACAGACUAAUGGAAGCCACAGAGCAUCAGAAGACUAUAGAGGAGGAAAAUGUAGCUUUACGGGAAAAAAUAGAAAUAUUUCAGAAAGAGCCUCAGAAGUCAGCAUCAUCUGUUUCACAAGAGCUUUCUGACAAUGAAGAGGCCCAUGUUUUUCUGAUAGGAGAAUUAGCAGCUGCUCGGAAGGAAAUCCAGUCCAAGCAGGCCAUCAUUUUGGGAUUAAAGAAAGACCUCUCAGAAGCCAAAGCCAGAAUGUCGGACAUGAUAGGAGAACUCAGUGAGAAACAAAAGAUGGAACUAGAGCGGAACCUAAUUCUUGUUAGAAGCCAAGAGAGUGAACUGAAUAUGCUUAGAGAGAAGCUAUUUGCGAUGUCAGACCUUGUGGACAAGAAGGAUAAAGACCUGAGAACUUCAGCUGAAGAGUUAAGGCAUACGAAAGAAAAACUGAAAAAGCUGAAGAAUGCAGCAAAAGAAAAGGAGAGUGAAUUUGAAAAGCUACCACAAACAGAUGUUCAAGCCAGUAAUACCACAAAGGAUGAAGUCCCCAAAACCAAAAAGAAGCAGACUUUGGACUUGGCGGACCUAGGAGCUAAAUGUAAAGGCCUCAGACAUGAGGAGAUAAUUCAGCGUCAGAAAGAUGCACUGACUGAGCUCCGAGACAGAAUCAAGACCCUGGAAAAGUCUCAGCCUUUAACUGUUAACGAGAAGGUUCCUGAGCCACUUAUAGUGCUAAAGAAAGACCUAUCUGAGAAAAUAGCUCAGAAAAUAGGCUUAGAAAAGGAACAUGUGCCAUCAUCAAUAAAAAAAAUGGAGGCCAAGCUUCCAAGCCAUUUUCCCAACACAUAUUCAAAUGUAGCCUUAGAGAGGACAGCAAAGCUGGAAAUGUCUGAUGCUUUAGACCUCAGCGAGAAGAUGUAUCUCAACUUAAUUCAUGCUCUUGGAAGUCUGAUGAAUGUGAAGGAGCUGACAGGAGUGCAGUCUGUUAAGCAUCUUUCUCAGGAUGAGAGGGAAAAAGUGAGAAUGCAACGACAGAAGGACCUUGAGCUGCUCUACGAUAAGAUCAGCAAACUUAAGAGUCGGCUAGAAAGGAAAGAAGAACUACUGAAAGAGUAUGAGUCAGACAUUGGACAACUCAGGGCGAAUAAGGUAUCUUUGCAAGCAUACCAGGCCGAGAUGACUAAACUGGAAGAUGAAGUCUAUAGAGAAGCAGAAGAGAAUGCUCUGCUGAAAGAGGCUCUAGAGAGGACACAGUUCCAGCUGAAUCAGGAGAAAAGAUUGAACAGAGCUGUUAAACUGCAUAAGCCUGGACCCAAAACAAAAUCAUUCCCCGAAAAGCUGAAGACGACAGACCGUGUGAUAGAAGCAUUUAAGAGGAGAGUACAUAGUAAUGCCACCUCAUAGGCAUUUCUCUUGCAAAAUCCUGUGGUAGGAAUUUGCCAAGUAAUUAAUACUAUUUGGGAUAGACCUGUUGUUAAUUGUAUUGUUUUGAUGAAAAUCCUUUUAGCCCUUGUGUAAAUACAUGAGAUGCUGCAGUAUAUCUUGAAUUACAUAGGACUUGUUUUUCCUUAAGUAUAUUGCUUAUGUACCAUAUUAUAUUUUUGAUUAUUAGAAGUUUAAGAAAAAUGGUCAUUUUAAUACAAAUUGAUAUAUAAAUUCAGAAAUGUAUUUUUUAUCUUUAUACGUGUCCUUUUUUAAAAUAGGCUCAAACUCCUAAGAUCUGCUUAGGUUAAAUUUUGUUAUGUUGGUGUAGUUCGCUUGAGCCCUGACACAAUCCUAAAUCCAAGUAGAUCCAUAAUAAAAUUCCAGCAUGAGGUAUGAAAAUAGACCACCAGGUUCUAGCAACUAAAUUCCAGCAUUGCAUAAAUAUGACUGAACAGAACCAUUCUGAGUCCAUUGUGUAAUUACAACCAAUUGAAAGAACGUUGUUCAUUUACUAGUAUCUUACUUUAAUAAUACACUUGCAUGAGCAAUCUGGGAGCCACAUUUGAUAAGCAGCCUUAGGGACCAACCCAAAUUCCCAUACUCCAGUGAAUACAGAACAGCAAGGGCUCACCUGUCUAUUACUCUGAUCAGAUGUAUUAUUUAUAACUAUAGCAUUCUUGAAAACUAAAGGCUAUUUUCCUUUGCAAAAUCAGAGCAAAACAUUGGUAGUAGCUACCCCGCAAAAUAAUCCUUGAUAUCUGAGAAAGCUAAUCUUGCUAAGUAGUGAGGCAGAUGUUAGCCCAUUUGCUGCUGGGUCAGUGCAGUAAGCUAGUGGUUCUGGUACACAUUGUCCCCACAGUCAUUCUCCCUUUGUUGUAUUCUGAACAGUUUGCACAGAUCCUUUCAACAAUGGGUAAUUUGGAUUCUAGGCUGUAUAGACAAAAUCUUAUUAUAUUGCAAAUUGUCUAAAUUUUGGCACUAACAAACUGGCUCAUUAGUGCUAAAAGUCCAGUGUGUGGACAUGAUUUAGUCAGUGUCUCACUGCUAAUUUUAUGUAUGGUAUAAUAGCCCGUAACCAGUAGCUCUUUUCUGGUGCAGAUUUGGUUUAAUUUCUAACACACUGGGUAAAGUCUGUCUCUGUUUAGAACUUGGCCUAUUUUUCUUACCAGAUGUGCAAUGUGCUUCCAUCUGUACAAUGUCCUGAGUUUAUUUUGGAACAAUACAUGACCUCACGUACCUGUUUUAUUUUAACAUUUUGCUCUGACCCCGUCCAUCUGUUCUGUCUGAACCUUUGCAGCAGUUCUUCCUUAAGGGUUUUUUGUGGCAUCGUUAUUUUUCAAUCCUCAUAUAUUGCCCUUCCCCCUGCCCUAUAACAUUAGCUAAUUUCUAUAGCUGUAGUACCCUGGAAUAAUCUAGUUUUGCAUGUGGCUAUCCCUCCAAUAUUGUCCCAAGGAUUUGAAAAGUCUCCUCUGUCUUGCUUGUGAUAAAUUGAAUCUUCUAGUCAGCUGCUAGUAAGGUAAUCAUUAUCAAACUAGCAUAUGCUCCAUUAUUUCCUACAUUUUUUUCUUUCAUAGUUUUAUCCAUUGUUCUUCCCAGUGCAUCAGCUAUAGAUGUAACUUUGCUACAAGUGGAAGACUUUCAGGUCAUCUCAGAAGCUUGAUCAUAAUUCUUUUAAUCUGCAGAGGGCAGUCACUCAGUGACUUCAUAAAGAAGAAUUGCUGGUUAAUGGUCGUUUCAGACCCUUAAUAGUCGAAUUAAAGUUUUCUAGCAAAUACAAUGUUUAGCAGCUUUUUUAUCUAUAUGUCCAAUUUCCAUUGUCAGUCAAGAUUUUAUCUAAACAACAGGUCAUCACUGAUAAUCAGACCUUUGCUCAAGGUUUUCAGAUAUUUCAAGAUAUUUUGCAGCACAGGGAAACUGUUACGGUUAUAUCAUUCCUGCAGAGUUCUGAUGACACCAAAAAUCAGUAGCUUUGCCCUUGGUGCUCAGCACGUGAUGCCAAAAGUCUAGUAAUGUCCAAACAAUAUGAGAAGUUGAAGAAACUAGUACAAGCCAUGUACUUGGUGUGUUACUGCUCUUCCCAAAUUGUUAAAAACAUAUAAAUGAAGUAAAUUUGGCAUGAUUUUCAGAGGUCCUGAGCAACCGCAGCUUUCUGUAGAAGUUAGUGGGAACACAUAUGUGCUCAGCACCUUUGAAAAUCAGGGAAAUUAUUUUUAAAAAGCUUAUUUUUAACAUGAUACCUAUUCUCAAGAUUCAGUGUACAGAGCCAAUGUGCUACAAUAACCUUUCCCGGCAAUCUCAUGCAUGGAAAUAUCUACAGCUUUGCAAUUCACACUUGCAUUGAGUUAUUAUUUUACCUCGGUAUUUGGCACUGGUCCAACUGCGCUUGAAUACUGCAUUCAGUUUUGGUGCCCAUAAUUCAAAAAGGAAAUAGAUAAAUUAAGGAGAGUACAGAAAAGAGCCCUGAGAAUGAAUAAAGGGUUAGAAAACAUGCUUCACAGUGAGAAGCAAACAGCUUCUAUGCCCUGAUCUCCAC